CAGCACAGCAACCAAAUGGCGAUGCCAAAGCUAGAAGUCCCUCUUCUCUUCCUCUUCUUCUUCUUGGCUCUUACCCCCACUCGAGCUGAAACUUUUGGGCCACCGCUUGUCAGCCCUAUCCAGAAAGAUGCUUCUACUCUUCAAUACAUCAUCACAGCAUACCUACAAAGCCCUCAGGAAACAAAAUUACUCCUGGACCUUGGAGCUAGUUACAUCUGGAUUAACUGUGAUGACUACAAUUCCUCCUCGUACAGACACAUCCCAUGCACCACCUUGCUGGAUGAAUUUGUCGGCUGCUUUGCUUGCUUGAUGAACUGCAGGGACUCCAAUCCCAAUUGUGGUGACAGUGUUUGCGUAUUGAAACCCGAGAACCCCUUCCAGCCCAGCAUUUCUGGAAACGAUCAGUAUGCCCCCGCCCUUGUUGACUAUUUCUCUAUGCUCACCUUAGAUAAUACAGGGUCCAUUGGAGGACCUUCCUCCUCUUCUCCAUUCACAUUUAUCUUCUCCUGUGGUUAUAAGGAAAAUCUCGAGGGCCUGGCAAGAGGUGUCACUGGCUCGGCAGGGCUCGGACGUUCAAGCAUUUCAAUCCCAGUACAGGCUAGUGCAAUCUUCCACUAUCCCCGUUAUUUUGCACUUUGUUUGUCGGGCUCCAAAACUCGGCCGGGAGCGGCUUUUAUCGGCACCAAAGGGCCUUACAAGUUCGGACGUAGAGUUGAUCUCUCAAAACCACUUGCUUAUACACCACUCCUUUUGAACCCUGUUGGAAAAUACUCCUAUCCUGAUCUGAAAAAACCCUCGAGUGAAUAUUUCAUAGGGGUGACUUCGAUCAAAGUUAAUGGAAAGGCGGUGGCCUUGAAUCAAUCACUCUUGGCCAUUGAUAGCGGUAAUGGUUCUGGUGGGACAAAGCUCAGCACUGUUGUUCCAUACACACAAUUAGAGACCUCUAUUUACAAGGCUGUUACCGAGGCAUUCGUGAAGGCAGCAGCUUCUUCUCCUUUCAAUCUUACCACAACAAAACCAGUUCAGCCAUUCAGUGUGUGCUACCCAGCCAGUAAUGUAAGGAGUACGCGUGCCGGACCGACCGUGCCAGCCAUUGAUCUUGUAAUGCACAUGAAUGACGUGGUUUGGAAGAUCUUAGGAUCGAAUUCCAUGGUCAGGGUUGGUGCUGAUGUGUGGUGCUUGGGUUUUGUGGAUGCCGGGGUCAGACCAAAAACAUCAGUUUUUGCCGGCGAUCCAUCGAUAGUAAUCGGUGGUCAUCAAAUGGAGGAUAAUUUUCUGCAGUUUGAUUUGGAGUCCAUGAGAUUAGGAUUUAGCUCCUCAGUUCUGUCCAGAGGAACCAGUUGUGCCAGCUUUAGAUUUGCUGCCAAGACGGGCUGAAAGGACGACACCAGCAUGUGCUCCUCUUCGAUUUUUUCUACUUAAUUAUGUAUGAAAAAAGCCAGUAGUAAUGGCAGAAUAAUACUUGCGAUCCGCAACUUUGUUCGGAAA